UUUUCUGCGUUACGAAAUCAGUAUUGACCCAUUGCGUGUUGCGCCCUCCCUCACUUGAGGUGAGGUACUACGAUGUCAGUGGGGUCGCUCAAACCUCCAGAACUGAGCCUCUGCUUUAGUCAAUCCUCUCUGUAUUCGACUAUCGACUGACCGAUUUUCGAUAUUCACCCUUAUAUUAAGGCGACGCGGACGUUCCGGCGACUGUCGUCUCAUGAAAAUCGAUGACAAUUUGCACCAAAUCACGAAUCUUGAAUUUUUGGUUAGAGGGGUUGGAAAAAUGGUUAGUUAAGAAUAAUGCAAUUGAGAGGGGUGGAUAAAUAGAGGAACGAAGUGUAGGGAAUUUAUAGGGGUGUCAUUGACGAAUAUUCGAAAUGUCGCACUACUCGCAUGUGCAGAGGGUCAGGAAGCUGUACAAAACUAUUCUGAAGCUCCACCGAGGACUACCAGAGGCAAUGCAGACCCUCGGAAAUAAUUAUCUCCGGGAUGAAUUUCGAAGGCAUAAAACUUGCGGAUCUACUGAGGCUAAUGUCUUCAUGCAUGAAUGGGCUAGUAAUAUUGGAUUUAUCUCACUGGAUAACUUUGGUACUGAAUCGUUCGAUCUGCCUGAAGGAUUAUGCAAUCGGACUAGCAGAACAACUCGGUCUACGAGGUCCUCUGACAGCAAAACCCCUCGGGAAAGACCUAAAUGCCGAUGAUCUGGACAAACUGAGGGAUGAGCAAGUUUAUCAGUUGUACGAACUCAUGAUUGCCGCCACUGGGAAACAAGAGGGGGAAAAGAGAUGAUGACAGAACCGUCGUUUUGAUAAUAAAGUGUACAGUGUAUUCGUAAUUUUGAAGUUCAAAUAAAUUCCAAAUAGUUGACAACCAUAA